UAUAGUAGGAUGCAUUGGGGUACAAUAGCUCUAAUUACGCUCUGUAGCCUGGGCACAGGACUAUCGGCAAUCGCACUAGCACCAGCAGCACCAGCAGCACCUGCUAGUCCCGCUGUACCUCCGAGCAAUUUCUAUUUAGAGCUAAGGAGCGUAUUGCGCAAUGUGCCUCAUAAGCAGAUCGAGCACCUCGUUCAGGCCUAUCUGCUGAACGAUGCAGAAUUUCAAGCAGUCGUGCGGGAGAUCAAUUCUCUGGCCACAUAUCGCCUGCGGCUGCAGCUACUCAAUCAGCCGGAGCUGCGUCAAUUCCUCCAAUGGCUGUCCCAGCAGCUGAUCCUGUCAGGCGGGUCACUCAAAGUGUUCGACGAUCUGGAGCUGGAGAUCAAGGUGCUCAACAAAUACCCCCAUUGGGCGCAGUCAGUGAAUGGCAUAGCCGGCUUCGAACAGGAAUUCGACUACAUCUAUCCACUGGCAUCAAUUCGCAAGCUCCUCGAGACAAGUGCCCAGCAGAGCGCCGUCUUUGGUCAGUUCUGGCAGCGUGUGGUGGCCCUCAAGCCGGUCUACGAACGCUUCUUGGCCACAUCCCAGGCAACCGCAUUUGCUAGCCGUUUGCGGAAUUUGGGAGUUGAUGUCAAUGGCUUGGACUCAUUUGUACGCUACCAAUUGGGCUGGAGCAACGAAACACUUCCCAAUAACUAUGAAUAUGACUACAAUUACGGAUUCUAUUAAACCAUAAGCAUAAGGAGCGAGCGGGCAAGCAAUUUGCUAAUAAUUACCUAUC